AUGGCGCCGCGUCAACCUGAGAUGACGCGAUCGGCUCCAAGCGGAUGGGUUUUCGCCGCUCAAGCCGAGGAGCCUGUCGAAGUCGAGGAGCGCCACGUUGUGGCAGAGGGCCCCGAGCGUGCAUUCGUUAUUCGCAAGGAAUGUUCGGCGUGUCCAGUUCAAGUGGGCAACUGGAUAAUGCCAAUUCGUAUGUUGAUGCUCAAGAGGUUGAAAGACUUCGACGUUAUACUGGGCAUGGACUGGCUUUUGAAAUAUUAUGUGUCUAUCGACUGCAGGAAUAAAGUGGUAACGUUUUGGGAGCCAGGACAGGAGGAGUUCGCAUAUCAAGCGUGCAAGAGCUCAUGCUUCGCCGCGACGGUAUCUGCGAUGAGAGCAAGGAAAUUGGUUAACAGCGAUUGCGUGGCUUACUUGGCGACCGUUGUGGAAAUGGACCGAGUAGUUCCGGCACUCGAGGAGUUGUCGGUAGUUCGGGAGUUCUCGGACGUGUUUCCUACGGAGUUACCGAGGAUGCCGCCAAAUCAGAAGAUCGAGUUUGUGAUAGACUUGAUCCCCGGAACGAUGCCGAUCUCAAAGGCCCCGUAUCGUAUGGCACCGGCUGAACUAAAGGAGUUGAGGGCUCAACUGCAAGUUCUCCUCGAUAAAGAGUUCAUCAGGCCGAGUGUGUCACCGUGGGGAGCCCUGGUGUGA